GUUUUGCCCUGGCUUGUAAGUUUGAUGCGACAACCAAGAAUCGCCUUUGCGGAGUCGUGAUACACGUUGCUAUGCCAGUUCCUGGUCGUGACAAGGCCACUGCGCAGCCCGUUGCAACCGCACCACAACAUACAAUGCCUUAUAUUUACAUGGACCAAAGCAGCUCUUCAAAAUUCACUCUGACCCCAAGAGCUGGAUCUGCCUCGUUUCUCUCGCUUUCUCACUCACAAGCAGGCCUUGCAACAGGAUUGACAGGCUCAGUCUUGAUAUCAAUCUUCCGUCUUAUUGAUCGCAAGCUAGUCUUGAUUCAAGUUAUCGCUGAAUCAUUUACCGCAUUUACCUCAACGUCGCUCUUGCUUCUUCGUCCUGACUUUCGUUGAAAUGGCACUGAGUCCCCCCAAGUAUGAUGACAGCAUGCGACCUACAUUGCCCCUUUGGUCCAGCCCCAAGACCAGGAAGAAUGAGGUGGUAGUGGAACUAUCGCAUGCUCAGCCUCUUCCCCUACUUCCCCUCGGGUUGCAAAACUAUGUUUCUCCUCAUAUGUGGGAGACUCGUGUACGUGGCAUCACGCGCAUGGCUUCCCAGUAUUCCAAACCAGCGCUGGAAAGAUCCUGGAUGUUCGUAGCUCUGAUCUUGACAUUUAUCGCUCCGAUUGUGGCUUACUACGACUACAUCCAUCAAUUUGACGAUGAACAAGUCGACGAGGAUCGUCAAAUUCAGAUCGUCUGGCAGGCUAGGCUCGUAGCCCUUCUUGUCACAGUUGGUCUUUGGAUCGUCAUGUUCCUGCCAAUUAUCAUAUGGAAAUACAUGGGACGUGUGCGAGUAAAUAAGAUGGUUGAUCGCUGGGCCAAGGAUGAUCUCCGAUCUGCUUCGUCCUAUGCGGCUAUUCCCACCUGGAACGUUACCAUGCCUGGCAUGUUUAGGGAUGGGAUUGUCCUCGCUGUUUCCUUCCCUGCACCACCUAGUAGCUUUGAACUUGAAAAUUUACCACCGUAUAUCGCACCUCCCACCGAUGCUGCGCCGUCCUACGAGGCUAUCAAACGGCUCUCGAGUCUUCAGGGGGAUGGUAAAUUUGGCGAGAUCCCGCUUUACAAUGAUGCCAAGGAGAUUGCAGCGUAGAUGACCGCACCAGAUACUGUAGCUAGGACUUGGACAAUGGAAUGCAGGUCAUUCUGGAUAAGAUGGAUCGUGGGAAUGAUGAUAUUUGUGCAGUUGUCUGCGAGUUCGAGCGGCGACAGUAGUUUUCACAAUGACGAUCUAUAGCUUAUAUAUCUACGAUAGGUGAGCAAACUGGCUGGUUGCUCAGUAGAUCAUGAUCCCCAACCGUUGAGC